AUGGCUAUGCUUACUGUUGACCAUGGCCAGCUUGCCUUCUAUCUGAACGGCAUGGUUAUGCAAGCCAUUGGGGUGUACAUGGGUGUCGCUUCACCCCAGUUUACUGAAGCUGCUGUAGCCUCGCGCUUCUUCGUCCGGCAAAUGAUCCUCAUUGGUCCGAGUGGUGCCUGCAGGAGCUCGACACUUUUUCUGAGCACUUUGGAUGGCUGCGUUUCAUGGAGAAGCAUGCUCGCACCAUCUCGGGCUUCAGGGAAUUUGUUGAAGGAGAUUGCUUGGGAGACUAUGGACUUCUGGGGUGAGCAUCAAGCUCCGGCGAAUGAAGAUCAACAGCCAAUGGAUUUACAGCCGGCUUUGCAUUCACUACCAAAGCAUUGGUAUCGGCUGUGGCGGUCACGCAAUAGCGGGGUGAUAACGGAGGAAACGAUGCCCAGCGGUGAGCUUUCAGGCCGACUACUGCUGUUCGUCUUCAUGUCCAACACGCAACAGCUAAUGGUUCUCGACGUCCAUCGCUACCCAACUUCCACGGUCAUGCGUAUAUCCCAUGGUGCCUCCGAAGAUGAAGCAAAAGAACGCGAAGACCCCGGAAUUGGAGCUGCGACCGAAUUGCGUACCAGAUCCCUCGAUUCGCUUUUUCGAAUACUAUCCCCGCCCACCUCCCACUCGCAAUGGGCCAGCACUGCAGUGAACCACCCUCGUUGCCACGCACCACCAUUGAUGUACCGUAUAACCAAUUGGCGUCCGAUUUCCGGGUGCGGGGUCAUGUUUUCGACGGAAAGACUUAUGGUGCACUGGAACGAAUCUCGUACAUAG